AUGUCUAAGGUUUUAGUAACUUUUUGGUGUUGUGUCUUCUUUUCAUUUCGAUUCAUUUUCUUGAAUUCAAAUGCAUCUUCAGUAACAUUCAGUGUGUUAAAUUUUGGAGCAAAAUCAGAUGGCAAAAGUGAUGCAACUCAACCUUUUUUGAAAGCUUGGGUAGCCGCGUGUAGCUCACUAAACGCGGCUACCAUUUAUGUUCCACGUGGAAAAUACAUGAUUAAGUCGGUUACUUUUAGAGGGCCAUGCAAAAAUAAAAUUACUGUACAAAUUGAUGGAACCCUUGUGGCUCCAUCCGAUUAUAAUGCACUUGGCAACUCUGGCUACUGGAUUUUGUUUAUUAAGGUUAACCGGAUUUCGGUCAUCGGAGGAACUCUUGAUGGAAAUGGAGCUGGAUUUUGGGAUUGUAGGAAGUUAGGGAAGAAUUGUCCUGUUGGAGCUAGGUCUAUAACCUUCAAUUGGGCAAAUGAUGUUGUGAUUAGUGGCUUAACCUCACUCAACAGCCAGUUAAUGCACUUGGUGAUUAAUAGCUGCAAGAAUGUUAUGGUUAAAAAUGUAAGAAUAAUAGCACCUGAUUUUAGUCCAAAUACUGAUGGAAUUCAUGUACAAUCUUCAAUUGGUGUUACUAUUAGUGGCACAAGUAUUCAAACUGGAGAUGAUUGUAUAUCUAUUGGUCCUGCCACAAGAAAUCUUUGGAUGGACAAGAUUCAAUGUGGCCCUGGACAUGGUGUUAGCAUUGGAAGUCUAGCUAGAGAUUAUAAUGAAGAUGGUGUGCAAAAUGUGACAUUAAUUAAUUCAGUGUUUACUGGAUCUGAUAAUGGAUUAAGGAUAAAGUCUUGGGCAAGGGCUAGCACUGGUUUUGUCACAAAUAUUAAUUAUCAAAACAUAAUAAUGAAGAAUGUUGACAAUCCAAUAAUCAUUGAUCAAAACUAUUGCCCCAACAACCAAGGUUGUCCUAGCCAGGCAUCUGGCAUAAAGAUCAAUCAAGUGACAUACCAAAAUAUAUUUGGAACAUCAACAACACAAGUAGCAAUGAAUUUUGAAUGCAGUUCAAGCAAUCCAUGUAGUGGAAUCAAAUUACAAGACAUAAAACUUACUUAUUUGAACAACAAAAAAGCUCAAUCUAUUUGCAAGAAUAUUAGAGGAAAUACUGGAGGAGUCAUUUUGCCUGAUAAUUGCCUCCACGAAGAGCUGUUUGAGGUCGUCCUGCUAGGAGGAACGUUGAAGGAGAAAGGGGUACCUAAUGCACCUAAAGUGCAACCCCAAGGAGAAGUAACAAAUGCUGAGCUCAGGGAAGCAAUUCGAAUGUUAAACCAAGCUGUGAUUAACCAGGUUGGGAAACAAAGAGGAGCUAGACAGGAAGUGACUGAUACUUCGAGGAUUCGAGAAUGGAUAUGCCCUAUUGCAGGAAGUUAUAAGUGCAACACUGGUGGUUCUAGUAAAUACAAUAGUCAAUGUAGUUCAAAGGCUUUUUGUGUAAGAGAUAGCCAAGGAAGUUUGGUUUUUGUUGAAGCUGAAAGAAUUGAGUUUUGUGAUGCUUUAGAAGCUGAAGUUACAACAUUCAAGAAUGGAUUGAAUCACUGUGUACAAAAUAAUCUACUGCCUCUUGUGAUGGAAACAAAUUCAUUGAUUAUCAAAAGGAUAUUAGAUGGUGAUUGGGAAAUUCCAUGGAAUAUUUCAGUGCAUAUUAGAUAUGUUCAAGAGAUAUUAAAGGAGAAGGGGGUGGUGGUUGCACACAUCUUGAGGGAAGGAAAUACACUGGCAGCAGUGUGUAUGGUUUUGCAGGUACAAAAUCCAAUUUUCCUCGAAUGA